AGGCCCCUGAUGAUCCUAGUGAUUAGCCCCGCAAUAGUCAAGUCUUGAGCUACCCAAAAUAGGGUCAAUUUACACGCGACAGCGCCGGCGUUCAGAGCACGAGACAACAAAAUCGAUCAAGAAAAUUACGUAAACCAAUAAAGAUCAUAGUGCGUGGUGAUCAUUGUCGUGGGGGUCUCUGCGAAUACUACAUGAACCACUGUCGUCCAAUCUUCAACCUCCUUGUCCACCUACACAGGCUUCAGCAUAAUUGUCUGCCACUACACUAAGGUAGUAGUUUUGCUCCUUCACUGAAAAAACGCAAACUCUUUCUAUUUGUGACACACAUCAAAACCUAGAACUAUUUUUGAAAUCGACGAAAAAACAAAUCUCCGAGAAGAAAGAAGUCGUCUAUCGCAACAUUUUAUCGGUUGCAUUCAAAUCAUCGUUUUUUUUCCUCGGUAGCCCCCCCGGCUGUUGUUGUAAUCUUUUCAUCAAUUUUUCUAUCGACUACAUCGAGGUUCUUCGCACCUUGUGACUCUUGGUGCAUCAGCUCUCCUGCGGUGAGCAAUCAAACCAGUUGAAAUUCUAAUUUACUUUACCGAAGGAACCAGAACCAGUCUUGCAUAGAGCUUAGUUCUUCUUGAGCUUAGUUCCUUUUGAAGCAGAAAAAAUCUAUACAAAGCCGCGAAGUCGACUCGGUCGACUCGUCUACAUCACUAGCUAUUAUCCGUGUGACCGCAGUAUUUGUAAUCGAACGCAGCCGCGUUGCUUUCUGUAGCCAGGACCACAGACUCUAGAGCAGGGGGCGGGCGUGAGUGGGAAAGGAGGCAAAGGGGGAGGGAGCGAGCGGGGGAGGUGGGGGGCCGCAGCGCAGAAAGGGGGAAGCCGGAGGGGGGGGAAGGGCAGGCAGCAAGUGGGAAGGGGAGGAGGGUGGAAGCCGGGACGGAGGUGCCAAAGAGAAGGAGAAAAAGCACCCAAGAAGGGCGAAGAGGAAAGGGCGAAGAGGAAAGGGCGAAGAGGGGCAAAGAGGUGCAAACAGGGAAAAACGCUGUACGAGAGGGCGGAACAGCAGGGGGAAACCGGGGGAAAUGCGAAAAAGGACGGCCGUGCCGGGGCAGAGAGAAAGGCGGAAACCGGGAGCAGGCACCGUUGAUGGGGGUUCGUGGGGUUCGGGCCUCACGGGGACGCGAGAGUCCCGGUGAGAGGGAGUCUCCGGUCGUGGGGUUCCCAGGUGAUUUUCGGUUACAAGGCUAUGGCGUACUGCUUCACAGGACGAGGGUUCCGAAGGAAAUAAAUCCGUGCUCCACAGGGAGAGGAAGCUUCUUGGACUCCCGACCCGGGCCCGGCUUCUCCCCGCCCCCCGGGAUCCCCCCCUCCCCGCCCCCGGAACCCCGGGGUCCCCCCCUCCCCCUCCCCCCCCUCCCUAUACAAAGCCGCGAAGUCGACUCGGUCGACUCGUCUACAUCAUUAAAACAAACAGAACAUCUAUGGAGAGAAAAAAGUUUGUCACAAUCACUAACUUGCAGGUUAUGCAUUACAAAUUUUCUUAGCAUCACAAAUUUUCCUUGUAUUGCAGAAACACUAGGGAAAUCCCUAAUGAAGUUUGGCUGUGAUGCAUUUUUACGCAUGACAAAAAAUUUUGUAUUGCAAAAAUGCGCAUGAGUGAUCGUGACGAACUUUUUUUGUUUGAUAACAUCAUCACUCGUUUCUCUGCCGUAUUGGAACAACUACCUCCAGGAAGAAAAAUGACGCAGCCUCGUGUUUUCGGCAAAAUGCCCAUCAGAUCGUUGCUCGCCGGCUGUCUGACGGGUUUUGGUUUUGCGCUGCUCGGUCUUGAUGAAGCCUUUGCAGCGCAACAUACCCCGGGAGAAGGAAAUCCGGCCAUGCCGCUGCCGCGGCGCAGCUCCUCGAGGUCUGGGUCGCCGCGGCGCAGCUCCUCGAGGUCUGGGUCUUCAUCUCGGCCGCCGCCUCGUCGCUCGUCCUCGGCCCGCCGUCGUGACCCGCGGUCUCCCCCGGCGCUCGGCGGGGACGACACCGUCUCGCGCCUCGCUGAAAAGUUCCGGUCCGGACUAAAAGAGGCGACCAACGAUAUGGCCUGCUUCGCUGGAACUACAGUGAUCUACUCAAUGGAUCCAUUCAAGUAUGCCGACCACGUCUUUUUAUAUGUCUUGCAUGUAGGGCGGAAGAUUUUUCCGAGCCAGCCCCCUGCAGUUCAUUUUGCAUCAAGGUGGGUAGAAGUUCUUUUCUUGCGGCAGGACCACAAAAGUCGCCAGGUAUAAAUAGUUGGGUCUUGUUCAUCAUCCAGGAAUCACGUUCCAUUUGAGAUCAUUGCUCAUGUUCCCGCUGAGGCCGCUAUAACGCAGUUCGGUAAGUACGUGCGAGCGCCGGGAGUCAUCAGCACGUCGGGCGGAGCACCAGUCACUGACGGGAAGGCUACGUACCAAAACUUGGCUGAGAUUUCCAGGGCCUUCCACACACAGAAAUGGGAUAUGGGAUUGUUGAUGGAGGUGCACCGCCACAUAGUCCAAGGCGUUUCGGCUGCAAAGGAAGCGGACAGAAAAUUUCGCGCCCUAGAACUAGGUAUGGAUCCUCAGAGCGAUAUCCUCAAAAAUAUAGGCCCAUGAUCCCCAUUCAAUUGAUCUGCCAUCGACAAAUCAUGCUUCAAGAAGUUCAGGCCGCCUGAACUUCUUGAAACAUGAGUCAGGCCUUAGAAAGUGGAUGGGGAUCCGGGUGUUUUUUCCUGGAUAGAAAAGCGGCUGCCUUUUACCGUUCGCGGCCGCACACCACGUGCCUGGCGCCGGUGGACCACCUGGUUGGAGCGGGGGACGGAUCUGAGGGACUCGCUGACCCACUACGCUACUUCUGUAUGCGUUGCAAAUAUGUAGUCUGUGUCUGGAACAAAGAACUUGUGAUGCUGAGUCGUACAGGGGUAUUAAGACUCGCUUUUUUUCCCACGCUCUCUUGUGAUAUGAAUGUAGUGCGCAUUGCAUCAAGCUGCUUUCUUUUUGCUUGAUAAAAGAGGUGCCGUUUGUGUUGGUUAAGUACAAAGCAGCAAUUCUGGAGGCGUGCAAAACAUCAGUCAACGCAACCUUAUCAUUUCCCGGCCCAGGCAUUUUUGCAUCUGAUAAUCCGUACUACCCGACGAUCUUGCCGACUCGUUUGAAGUCGUGCGCACAGUAGGGAGCUAUCCAGUACGAAAGGGUCGUACUCGUACUACUUGCAUGAAAAAUACAUGUUGACACAUGUGGUUUGUUCCUUCUUGGACGAUGCGCGUCGUGACGAAAUCCAUUUUUGCUUUUCAAAUGAUUUUUCGUGUUGUCACUUACACUUAGUGCGACGAGGAUGAUCCUUUCCCAUGCAUACGAGUCAAGAUGAGCGGAAAUUUUGUGCCGAGCACCAGGGCACCGCAGAGACGCGCACGGUACGGCUCGAUAACCGGCAAUGGGAACAGCCGAUCAACAGGAAGUUUCAGCUCGACAACCAAGGCAAGUUUGACCUGAUCUACAUCCGCAAUCUCGGGUGCUCCUGUGACUCAGCACAUGGGGGCUAUCCUGAGGCGGAAGCUGCGGAACAAGGCGGGAUAAAAAUUUGUGGCUUCGAGGAAGCUCUCCAGCCACAUUGCUCGACGAUGUGCGGUUUCAUGGCAACACAGUACGGGAAAACGCGUCACGGGCGGAAAGACUCGGAACACUUGGAAGCUAUGUUGCACUCUGUCAUGGACAUGCUGAAACCGGGAGGGAUUCUCGUUCUGGCCCAGCAGCAUAAGGGAGCCCUGACUCGGCUUCACAAGGUUCGGGACUUCGGGGAGAGCCGUUCCUCGUUAUGACAGUGCACAACUCCCCCUCGUUCUUUUUUCUCAUGCAAAGUAGCAAAUCCACGCUUUCCCUCCUGUCACUAUUAUGCAUGACAAGCUCUACUGGUAGCCCAAAUAGCACUACAAUCUAGUGUAGAUUUGCCAUGCAAAACCGGCACUCGUCUUGCCGAUGCUUGUAUUGCGGUUCAUGCUAUACAAAUGAGGGGGAGGGGGGGCUGUGCACUCUCAUACUCGUCCUGGCAGUACCAGGAGCAUAAGUUGCAGGAAAAGGGGUAUGCAUUGCAAAAGUAUCUUCGGGUUAGAAUUAUUUCGUAGUGAUUCAACCACUGUGAUAGUGAUUGUAUUGCAAAUUAGCAGCUCAGGAGGAUUACUCCCAAAUGGAAUUUUUUGCACUGCGGAUUUAGUAGUACUAAAUCCGCACAACUACCCAGCUAAUAAGUAACUCAUGCAUCUGGAUCUGCAUGACGACCACUACGAAUACUAGUACCAGUACGAUAGUUUUGCAAUGCAUAAGGGGGCUGCAGCUGGAGCUGGACUGCUCACAUCCCAGAGCGAAGAGGUACCUUCCUUGGAAGUUAGUAGAGCGAAGGACCAGCAGACGCAUGCGUAACAUUGCCACUAAAGCGUCUUCGUGGUCUACAUAUUUGUAUUUCGUGAGUAGGUCAAACUGGGAGAACGCGGAGGCGGACUGCGUGAGUGGCUACGCCGCCGCCGCCUGUAUCGUCGCUCGUUCGUUUCCACCUGGGAAGAAGCUUUUUAUUUUGUAUUUGUUUCUUUUUCAUCAACAUGAGAAUGCUAUAUCAAGAAUAUCAAGAAUAUUAAAAUGUUGCUGCACAUAAUAUGACCUACAGCCCCAUCAUGAAUAAAAUAAUGAUCUGAUAUAAGUACUACAAGCACAACUACCUGCAAAAAUCAUAAAUCUGAACAGGCAGCGAAGCCUUUCCGUGACCUGGUGGCCGAGCAGACACAGCUUUUCCGUGACAUCGUGAAGCCCAAGGUGUCGACCGGUUUCUACAUUCAGGCCGAGAUUACGACAGCGCUUCCUGCUGGCCCAAGAGGGCUUCUCCCCGGGAUGGUCCUUCAGCAGGUGCUGAUCGCGCAAAAAAAACACCUGGAGGUAGUACCGGACGAAGCCCUGGCCUCGUGGACGGAACAAACCGCGUCGAACACGGAGGCGACAGCAGAGCUCGGCAAAUUGGUUUUUCACGAGGUGCCCAUCCCCUGACCGGCGGAGGGAGGCUACGGACUCUGGUGCAGCGUCUUCUCCGACAGUGCUAGUUGACAUCAGGAGCCCAGUGGAUACUAGUAGAUCCGCUGAUCAUGCUGUAACUCAGGUAUAGAGCGCGAGCGGAGCCGUGCUAGGUGUCGAGAACAGAUGACUCCUGAUGUUGUAAAGUAUGCAAGUGAAUGCUAUUGUAUGAUUUUUUAGCUGGGGGAUGAAGUCUUACCUCCCAGCAUCCGUGCUAACCGACCGGAGUACAGUUAACUAAUGGCUAGGUGAUAGAAGUCCAUACUUCAUCGUUCUAGCCAGCGGUCGAUGUAGUUGUGCUACGGGGUUUAACUUCAAGAUCUUCUAUUUACACUUUUGCUUUUUAACGAGGACAACAAGUAAUUUGUCGGCAACAACAAAUUUUCCUUGUUUUUUAUUUUUUGUAGCCGUAGCACUAGCUUUGAAGACUUUCAGAGCUGAAGGUAAAGUAGUUCAGUUCUUUCGCAAGGUUCGUGUAGCUGUCCAGCAGAAAUUUUUUUUCUAGAGGGGCCAUGCCACAAGCUGCUUGCCGCGUGAGGAGAAAGCAAAAACCCUCAAGAGGUUCCCCGUGACCAUCAACAAAAAACAAACAAACAAACAAACUUCAAGAUCUUCCUGAUCAUCGUCAUGUCAUCAAAGUAAAGAGGGAAGAAUUACUCGUAAGCAAUUCAAAGUUUUGGGUGACCCGUAAGUACUUCAAAGUUUUGGUUUUAAGGAAGAGUUAUGUAUACUUCAAAGUUUUGGAUGAAAUUGUGAGGACUUCUGCAUACAGCACCACACGUAACAACCGUCACGAAUUUGACAAGCGAACAAAAAUCAAUUAUGUGUAAACAAGUAUUGUGUUGUGUUUGCGUGUGACUCUAGCACUAGCAAAACACUGCAUAGUACUGACACUGAGCAACUUUUCGCAAAAAAAGAUAGCAAAGAUAGUUGAGCGAGCUCAUCAGAUUGCUAAUUUUGGAAACAACAGAGUGGCAUUGCCGUUGUUGUUUGCAUAGUGUGGUUGCAAAGAUUUUUUUGACGCAUUCGAAAAGUGCUGUUACCAAUGAAAGCACUACGUGCUGCUGAAGCUUCUGCCCCUUACAU